AUGGCCAAGGAGUUCCCCAACGCAACAGUCUAUGGUAUCGACAUCAAUCCCGAGCUGUUCCCCAGUGCUCAUCAACCUGUUCCCAGCAACUGUCUGUUCACGCAGUCAAACCUGUUGACUCGACUCUCAUUUCCGAACCAAUAUUUUGAUUUCAUCUACCAGCGCUUCCUCUAUCUCGGUCUCACGGUGGAUGACUGGCCAGUAGCGCUCAAGGAGCUCAAACGUGUGAUGAAGCCUGGAGGAUGGAUUGAGCUAUUUGAACCCUGCAUGCGAGUCCAUCGAGCGGGUGCGCGCACGAGGGAGGUGAUGCGAUGGUGCUCACGCCUGUUGCAGGAGGAGCACGAGAUUGGGUUCCGGAAUGUCAAACUGGAGCGACUGUCGAUCCCCGUGGGUUCAUGGGGCGGACGGGUCGGACAGGCGAUGGCAGAGAACAUGGUGCUGAUCUUUCAGAAUUUGCAGUCAGCACUUAUCCCCGAUGACACGACUACGCCGAAUGGGCCUGCUCAGAAGGCCUUUGAUGUGAUGGUCCAGAGUUGGAUCCGUGAGUGUGAGGAGAAUAAGUCUUACAUUGACUAUUUCAUCCUCAUUGGUCAGCGGCCGCUGGAGUAA